GUGCCUUGAUGACGUCAUGGCAAUGGCAGCUCUGUUAGUAUAGUGCAGGGGUUAUGAUUCUGUCCGUAAAACAAAAUUAUUUAAAUAAUUACACUGUUUCUACUUCAGACUCUGAAGCCGAGAGACGGGAUAACAACAACAACGCCUAGUAACCCUGUCUCAAUAGACGUACAGGUUGGAAACGAAUAACCUCCUCUACUAAUGGAUGUGCCUGAAAGUCCAAAUCAUGACCCAAAAUCCCCAGAUGUGGAAGAGCAACAACUCUCCGACAGCGAACUCCUGAAGGAUGAGCUCUGUGAUGAGGAUGGUGAGGAGGGCAGCAGAGACUCGGAUCUAGAGGAUGAGGAGGGAGAGCAGGUCUCUGAUCACGAGGAAGAUGAGCCGGAGGUGGUGGAUUCGGAGCAGGAGGGGGAGAUCAAUCGCUCGGAGGAAGAGGAGGAUCUAGGCAGCGAGGCAGAGGUGCGCAGUGAGGCCAAAUCUCAGGACUCUGAUAACGAGCAGGGUCAGGAGAAGGUUGUUUCACCUGUUAACAGGGAAGAGGGAGAUGAGGAGGGGGUGACGGUAGAGGAGCAGGAGCAUGAAGAAGAAGAUAGGGUGAACAAUCUGAAGGAUGAGUCCUCCUCUGUGAAUCGAGACUUGGAUGAGCAUGAACUAGAUUAUGAUGAAGAGGUACUGGAAGAACAGAGCACUGUGGUACCUGGAGAGGAGGGAGAGGAAGAGGAUGAUGAGGAGGAAGAGGAGGAGCCGAAAAAAAGGCUGAAGGACGAAACGGCAGCCAAAAAAAUAGAGCAACAGCAGAAGCCCCCCGAAAGGGGCCAGCGAGAUUCAUUCAAGGAUAAAAAGAAAGAUGAAGAUGAUGGGGAAAUUGAUGAAGGGGAAAUCGAUGAUGAUGACCUGGAGGAGGGAGAGGUGAAAGACCCAGCUGACAGGUGGAUCAGACCCCGUCGCAUCUGCAGGUUUUUCAUGAAAGGUAAUUGCACUUGGGGGAUGAAUUGCAGGUUUAUUCAUCCUGGGGUAAAUGAUAAAGGAAAUUAUUCUCUCAUUGCCAAACCUGACCCCUUCUCUCCUAAUGGGGGCCCCACUGCAGGACCUCACCCGCUCAUGCCAGCAAAUCCAUGGGGAGGACCAGCAGCUGAAGAAAUCCUUCCUCCGCCCCCAGUGGAGCCCCCUGUGGAGAGUGCCUGGGAAAGGGGACUCAGACACGCUAAAGAGGUUCUAAAGAAAGCAACAAUACGAAAAGAGCAGGAGCCAGAUUUUGAGGAGAAAAGGUUUAAUGUCACCAUUGGAGAGGAUGAGAGGGAUUUUGACAAAGAGAAUGAUUUUUUUAGAGAGAGAAGUUACCGGAUAACAAGAGAAGUUCGAGAACCAGGUGAUAUGGAAUACAGGGAUACAAGCAAUUAUGGGAAUGAUCCUUAUGCUGAUCCCUACUAUGACUAUGAAAUGGAAUGCUUAUGGAGAGAUGGACAGUAUGAGAAUUUCAGAGUUCAGUACACAGAAACGGAGCCUUAUCCCUACAGGGAAAGAGAGAGGGAGCGGGACACUCGGGAUCUUCGAGACCGGCAGCGUGAGAGGGAUCGGGAGCGUGAGAGAGACCGAGAGAGGGAACGGCGGCAGAGAGAGCGUGAGAGAGAGAAGGAACGAGAGAGGGAAAAGGAGAGGCAGCGCAGGAAAGAGGAGUGGGAGAGGGAUCGCCUCAAGAGGGAUGAGAAGGAGCGACCGCGGGAAAGGAAGAGAGAAGGAGAGAAGGAGAAGGAAAAGGAAAAGGAGAAGGAAAAGGAGAAAGACAAGGAUAAGGAGGAGAAGAAGGACAAGGAGGAGAAGAAGGAGAAGGAGAAACCGAAGCCCAGAUCACCACCUCCACCAAGCAGACAGAUGGAGCCGCCGCCCAAGAAAGACAUGGGGCUUCCAAUGAUCAAGCGACCAGACGAGUGGCAGGACCCUUGGCAGCGGUCGAAAUCCCCAAAAAAGAGGCUUGGUAUGAGCGGUUCUCCGAUCAGGGGACGACGGAGACACAGACCCUCUGGGUCUUCUGUUUCUCUGUCCAACUCCUCAAGGUCGUCGUCCCGAUCAUCUUCUUACUCCGGCUCUGGCUCCUCUCGCUCCAGAUCUCGCUCCUCCCACUCCUCCUAUAGCUCCUAUUCGAGCCACUCCUCCCGGCACAGCUCCUUCUCAGGGAGCCGGUCCAGAUCAAGGUCAUUUUCCUCCUCUCUGUCUCCUUCACCGACUCCUUCAGCUCAGAGGAAUGCUGCAAAGACUAAAGCUGAUCCAUCAGUGCCCCCUGUCAAGGGUGAUAAGCCUGUGAAGAAGCCACCCACCCCUCCGCUCCCAGGGCCUCCUGGAAAGGGUGCAAAGCCAGUCCCUGAGGCAGGGAAACCAGCUGAUACCCGGGAAGGCAAGAGGAAGGCACGCCAACAGCAUAACCCACCCAGGCGGCGAACAGAGAGUGGCAGCAUGAGCGGCAGUGCCAGCAGCUUCUCCGGCUCCAGCUCUCACUCCCGAUCCCCCUCUCAGUCCAGGUCUCGCUCCUCCUCAGUCUCCCACUCCAACUCCCCUUCCGGAUCCAGGAAAUCCAGAAAAUCCAGGGGUCUGAGUGUGAGCAGCGUGUCAUCUGUAUCCAGCGCCUCAUCAAGCAGCAGUUCUGUACACAGCGCGGACUCUGAAGACAUGUACGCAGACCUGGCCAGCCCAGUGUCCUCUGCCAGCUCGCGAUCACCAACCCCAGCGCAGCCCAAAAAGGAGAAAGAUCUCCCAGGAAAGCCUAAAAAGGAAGAUCCUGUCAAAGAGGAGAGGAGGAAACAGGAGUGCCCUGUUGAGCCCUCCAAACCCUCCUCGGGUCAGAAAUCAGGGAGCAGUAAAACCUCCCAGUACCCUGUACACCAUCACCACCACCCCCAGCACCAGCCACCACCGCCACAGUCACAAGCGCAGUCUGGGUACGGCUCGCACAAGGAUAUCAAACUAACGCUGCUCAGCAAGCAAACUGAUAGGGGAAACAGGAAGAGAUACCAACCAUCAGAUAAAGAGAGGCCAUCGUCUCCACUGAGCAAACGCAUGGCCAUGUCACCGGAGAGAGGUCGUGACAGAAGAUUGCCUGGACGGCCACUUUCACCCAGACUAGAGCGCCCAAGAGGGCAAAACCAGCGGCCAGCGCAAAUGGAGAGGAAACGUCCCCUAUCUCCUCAACCUAAAGCUUCAAGCAAAACCCCAAGUAUGUCAGGCAAGCCCCAGACGACCGGAUCGGCUCCUGCUGCCAAAUCAAGCAAAGCCAGCACACUGUCCCGGCGUGAGGAACUCCUGAAACAACUGAAAGCUGUAGAAGAUGCCAUUGCACGCAAACGAGCAAAAAUCCCUGGGAAAGUAUAGUCAACAAAACAGUGCAAAGACAGGUAUCAAGAUUUUAUAUUAAAAAAAAAUCGUAAAAAAGACAACGAAACAGCAAAGCAGAGGUGGAGCAGAAAACUUCAGUACAGUUUCUUAUUUAAUGGGAAAACCUUUGCUAUGUUUUUUCAUAAGAUUCUUUGCUGUGAACUGUGACUAUUAGACCCCUGCUAUACUGCACUGGGGGGUAAAAAAAGUUGGGGAAACAACUUUCACGAUCAGUAACAGUUUGGUAUGUAAUAUUUCAAGAGACCAGAAUAUCAGCCUGCGUUCAAAAUGUAGGGACUUUCGUAACCAAUGAUCUGUAUUCUAGUUAUUCUGUGCAGUUAGUGUUUUCAACAUUGUAUACUUCAACUUCUUACAAUGUACAAUUAUAGAAAAAAUGACUGUGAUGUGAAGUAUUUGCCAUACUUUGUUUUUAAUCUGGCAAAAGUUUAUUUUUUAUUUUAUUUUUUUUCCUAGAUCUUCCUAAAUAAAAUAAUCAUUCUUUUAUUUUAAUUGUCCUGUAUUUUUAGUUUAUACAGAUAGUUUACCUGGUGCUUGUUGGGAUGUCAGCCUAAUAGAAGGAAUGCAUCUUGGUUUCCUGGCAAAAAAUAAACUAUUUUGAUAAA